AUGGCGCCUAUAUUUGAGCUGGAUAUACUCGGCCUUAGGCCCCGUGUCACGGUGAAGUGGAAUGUUUGGACCGCUUCCGUGUCAUCAGAGUGUCUGUGUAACCGGCCGCAGGGCUCUGCGCGCAGCUCCAUCUCCGCCUGCACGUCUGCGCCUCAGUGUGGAAUCCCGUGGGGCUCCAUCUCUGCCUUUUCUGUCCUGUCAGACACCAAAUGUAAGAUUAAACCCAAGGGUCCAGCUAUGAAGAUCGGCCAAAGCUGCGUGGAGACAUCGACUCGCAAAGAGGUCAAGGGUCUGCCUCGAAAACCGGCGCACGGAGUCGAGGAUGCCCCGGAGAAGCAGGACGAAAGCAAAUACGUCGAUUUGGAGUUCGUGGACGCGAGGGAAGGAGGGACAAACCCGGUGGAGGAGUCUCGCCUGGGACAGAGAAACCAAAUGUCUGUACUUAUUAACAGCGUUGGCGCAGGUGUUCCGUGCGUAACGGAACCAAAUCAGGAGUUACCAUCUGAAACUGACACUGAUAAAAAUGUAAAAAAGGGUCCCAAAGAUGGAGCAUGUGUAGAGGAUGUUCCACUCUCAUCAGCUCCUCCUUGUGUGGACGCAAAGAUAGAGGAUUACCCCAAACCAGGAGACGAGAGUGAGCGCGUCUUUACGCAACCAGAGGUGAUCACAGAGGAAGAAAACAAAAACACAUCAGGAAAAACUGAAGAGGAGCAGUGCAGCGAUAAUUAUCUGAGCAGAGGGAGUGAGUCUGAUGACUUUGAGGAGGAUGAUGAUGUUAGUUUGGUGCUUUUUGGUGAGUGUGUCCCGUGCGUAACGGAGGACGAGUCCCAUUACAUUACCACGCACGAGAUUCAACUCUCGGAGCUUUCUGACCAUGAGGGGGACUACGACCUCGGGACGGGUUCCUCCGCCAGUUGGGACCUUGAGGAUGAUAAUCAGGCGUACUCCUUUGUCGAUUACGCUUUUGACGGUGAUGGAGCAGCGAGAGGCGGGGGGGCAGCAGUCAGCACUCUGCAUGAAAGUGAUCUGAGCGACGCUGCCAAGUUCACCAGCUCAGAUGAGAGUGCGUCUAAGUCCCAGCAGCAGUGCAGUGGCUGCGGAGGACAGAUCCACCUGUCAAUCAGAACCACUUCUAGAGCUAUAAAUGACCCUAGCAACAUCCAGGAAAAGGAAAAUAUCCUUUAUCAUGCCAGGCGCUCCGGAGACAUGAGUCGCUAUGUGUUUAGGGGCGUUGAUGGGAAGGCAGAGAGUCUGUGUGACAGGGCGAAGUGUUUCAUAGCUGCUCCCGGACACUUGCACUUUGGCGGUAAAUUGAGGGGAAAAGAGGUCACGGAGUAUUCCAGCGGUACGUCCAGUGCUGUCAGCGAACUGGACGACGCUGACAAGGAGGUGCGCAACCUGACAGCCAAAGCAUUCAAAAGCCUGGCUUAUCCUUACUUUGAUGCCAUUAAUUUCAGCACCUCAAGUGAAUCCUCUGCAUCAGAGCAUGGUAUAGGGAUAAACAGGUGGUCCACGUUUGUCGACCUGCAGUAUGGCAACAUGAACAUGUCCCAAGGACUGGACCAAAGAGUUGUGUCCCAUCAAAACUCAACGGCCUCAUUUGAGAUAGCAAAAAACAUAGAGAAUAGAGGUUAUAAGGGGAUUGCGCUGGCGAGCAUCAAACCACCCAGCAGCAAGAUCUUCACCCUGAAUGGUAACCCCCACAGCGAAUCGACUUCAACCAAGAAAAUAGAGCUUAUGGGGAAAUUCGGGCAGGGACACAGUGGUGUGAUCACACUCACAGAGACUCUGAAUUUUCGUUGCAAUGUCAAAUCGGGAAUGUCUGGGGGAGAAAGACCCCCGAACUUUGCACAAAACGCUGCAGGAUCACGUUCCACAUAUGAAGUUACCAACACUUUGCCAAGCGGCCAGAGGAGAGGGGCCAGCCAGCCGCCCCGUAAAACCAUGGAAGACACACACAAGAAAGCCAUAUUCGCCUCUAGCGUGAUCAAAAAUGUUAUUUCUAAGAAGAUGCAGUUUGAGCAGGAGCGCAAAAUGGAAAGAGGGGAGAUCAGUGAGCCCCAUCAUGCGCCUUCUCCGUGUUUGGCGCAGCAGGACAGCGACAUCCAUAAAGGAAAAGGGAGCAGAGAGCUGCACAGACAGAGCUCCAAGUUCUCCGAGACCAGCUCUGACUACGCCAUAAUGUGCGUGGAUGAAUUAGGGGACAUCGUGGACAGUGGCUCAUGUGAUACUAAGAGUGACUCUAGGAGAAGGGAGUCGGUUGCUCAAGAAACUAAUUUGGAGUCGGCAAAUGAACUUGGAAUCGAUACUAAAAAAGGCGCAUUGGAAGCGUCUAAAAGCACGCUGCUUCGGAGCCAAAAUAGCGCAUUCAGAUGCUGGAAGGACGAGGAGCUAGAGUUUCAAAAGGAUCAUAAAAACGAUCAAACUCAGGAGGAGAAGCCGACCUCAACUAACGACAAAGAGGUGGAUCAGUACACAGCGCGCAGCGGUAAACUGACCAAAAUGUCCCAUUUGUUUGUGCCAAGUAUCCAACUGCUGUCCACAGACGGAGAAGCAGGACAAAGCAGGAGAUACUCGCCUUGUGAAGAUGAAGGAGAUCUAAAACUACGCUCUGGAAACACUCUAUACAUUGCAGACCCCAGGAGAGUGACCACAUCCAAAUCUCCGGAAAUUAAAAUUAACCUAAGGAGCGUCAGAGACAAUAAAACGGAGCCUUUUAGCGUCUCCAAAUUACGCGCUCCUAAUAUAGGCUGUAACACUGCCAACCUGCUCAGAACGGAUGACUUCAAGUCCCAGGCGUUGGCCGCAGCUUUGAAGGGUGAGUCCUCUGAUAAAGUUCCACAUUUCAUGGUCAGAGAUAUUAGAGAUAACAGUAAUAAGGGGAAGCUGCAGACGCCCAUACAUCAAGUGAGAGACGUGCGUAAAUUGGUUAAAAGCUCCUAUCACUUUGUUUCUUUGGAUAAUAACGAAAAUAAACCCAAUGUGUCCACUGCUGACAGCCACCUAGAGCUGAAGAAACAAACGCCAUAUAGAAAUUCCACAUCUGUGUCUCCUAUAGUGAUAAAAUGUCAAUCUGUGAAUACAAAUAAUAAUGGAAAACAGGCUGAUAGACGAGAGGUGUUUGACGCAGACAGAUCCACAUCUCCAGAGGGCGCUAAAAGUGCUCCAGUGCAGAAGACAGCAGGAAGGGCACCCAUAAGUAACUCAUAUAAUUCAGAAGGAGGUAACGGAUUAAAAAGUGACAGCAGAAUAGCUUCAAGGAGACCGUCAGAUAUUACAGAUAAAAAAGCCGAACCAAAGAUGUCGAACCAGGUGGCUUUUGAAAAACUCCAGGCCGCUGUGAAAACCAUGGAGCAGCUGUAUGUGUUUGAGAAAAACGAAUGGAAAAGAAAGAACGAGCCCCAUCCCAUGACAGACAGCCACGUGCUCUCACUGAUCACCAGCGAGGAGCAAGGAGGUGCAGAGGAGGAACGAGGAGGCUCCAUCAUGGACAAGACCCUCAAAAGAGAAGCUGAGAAAACACCACCAGCAGCAGCGAUGUCUCCCAACACCGACAAAGACCACGCCAAGAUGUUUCAGUCUCCGAGCAGCCAUGAUGAAAAGCUUGUUGUGAGGUCAAUGAAUGCUCCAAGUAACGCUGGGGGUAAAAACAUCAGCUCCAGCCUGAAGACUUCUGCAAACACCACCGCAAAAACCCCUCUACUGAGCUCAGUCACUGCACCGUUCAGCGCCAAAACCUUUACCCCCAAGUCCCCUAAACUACCGGUGUCCCUGAAGAUCCGACAGACUAAAGUUGGUGGAUUUGAAGGAGUUGAAUCGAAGGAAGAAGAGCGGUCCGUGCAGGAGCUUUUGAGCACUUCAGCAGACCAUGAGAACUACCUAACCAUUCCUGUCAAACCUCAACAAACUAGCAAACAAACCUCGUCCGCUGAGAAAACAUCAGUCUACAGCUACCCCGCUCCUGCAGGACCUGUGGGGUCCGGCACCAGGGGCCAGGAAGACAGCCACCAGUCCCCCAAACGUUCAAGUAUCGUGAUGGAAACACGGUCGCCGGAAACCCCAUCAGCCUCCAUCUACCACACUGUUCCCCUGACAACAAAUCACCCACAGGUGUACUGCUUCUCACCUGCUAUAACACCUGCCCCCAGCCUGGACCCCUUCCAGACCACCCAAAGGAAAAUGCUCCUGGAUCCCACGACUGGAAACUACUACCUGGUGGACACCCCCGUUCAACCCACCACCAAACGCCUCUUUGAUCCUGAAACAGGCCAGUAUGUGGAUGUGCCCAUGCCUCAGCCGCCCAUGACGCCGGUGCCCAUGCAGGUCUCACCCUUGGCCCUCAGUCCUGGAGCAUAUGGACACACCUACAUGAUCUACCCCGGCUUCAUGCCCACACCUUCUGUGAUCCCCGCCCGGACCCUGGUCCAGUCCCAGAUGUCGAUGCAGUCGGAUGCAGAAAGUGGCGAGAAGGUGUCGUCUCAGCAGACUGAAGGCAUGUACAUGGAGAGUCCUUUCUACAUGGCCACUGGGAAGUCUUCACAGGCCACAUCCGGGACACAACAGCAGCCUGUGGUUGGCCGGAUGCCGCAGGGCUUCUCUAGCAUCAAGCAGCCGGUCAUCAGCAUCACCUCGCAGCAGGGGCCUCGGAUCAUUGCUCCGCCUUCGUUUGAUGGGACGACCAUGAGCUUUGUGGUGGAACACCGAUAAAGCCAGACAGGGCUGAACUCUGGGUGGAUGUUGGACUGCUCUGUUUCUUCACUGUACUUUGUCAUUUUAUUACGGUUUCAGGGUUAUGUUUAAAAUAUUAAUGCCACGUCUGAUUUUUUUU